AUGCUUUUGGUUAUCUCUUUCAUGUUGGUUUUUAUGAUUGGUACAUCAAUAUCGACGCCUGAUACUUUUUGGUUAGACGAAGAUCAUGGUGUAUUGAGCUUUGUUUAUUUACGGGCAAAGGACUUGGUCGAGGAUGAUCAAUCUCUAGAAUCGUUUAUGAAUCUAGUGGUUGAAUUUUGUGCUCAAGUAGGUGGAGGGCAAAAUGCAAUACGUAGGAAAUUCAGUUAUUGUCUGUUGAUCGUGUUGUUUCAUGCUGGAGUCCUUGUUAAGUCCUGACAUUGGCGGUAUUUGGUUUGGAAA